AUGGUAGUUGGCACGGCCGUCGACGGAAGUGUAGAAACUUCUCGGAAAUGUGAGGACUGUAUUAUAACUGUUGAUGAUCGAGUCUUCCAAGUCGAUUUGAUUUGUCUACCACUUAAGAGGGUGGACGUGGUUUUGGGAAUGGAUUGGCUCUCUGCCAAUUCAGUGCUCAUUAAUUGUAAGGAAAGGGCCAUUAUGGUCCCAACUGUUGAAAAUGUCCCGGAAGACUCAAUGACUACACUAUUGGAAGGUACAAUUCAUAUGGUAAGCUGCUUAUAUGAUCAAGAGAAAAGUUUCAUUCUUUUUCUAGGAGAGGAUCCGAACGAGAAAUUAUCUGUCUCACAAAUUCCGGUAGUUUGUGAAUUUUUGGGAGUUUUUCUAGAGGGUGUCACUUCUUUACCUCCGGAGAGGGAAGUGGAAUUCUCUAUCGACUUAAUACCGGGAACAGCCCCAGUCUCUGUUUCUCCUUAUCGAAUGUCAGCGGUUGAACUUAGAGAGUUGAAGAGUCAGUUGGAGGAAUUAUUGUCCAAACACUUUAUCAAACCCAGUGUUUCUCCUUAG